AGCAGCUGGUUUCCAACCAGUUUCCUGUGCAGAGAGAACAGAACGCUCGUCAUGUAACCAUAGCGCCCAAAACCUGCCCACAUCUCAUCCACACGGUCAUAUACCUGCAAUGUCAUCAUCUCACGGACAUCACUUACCAACAGCAUUUAUUCCAGGACACCAAGGUCAUUUAGUGCACGGAGUUCACAGAGGUCACAGUGCACAUGGAGGUCAUCAUAGCAGUGGACAUGGUCACCAUGGCAACCAUUCACAUGGUCAUGGACAUAGCUCACAAUCAGCAUCUUGUUCUUGCAGUCGAGGAUCACACCCACACAGCCAUGUGCACCAGGGUCCGUCCUCACACCACCCGGCUCGAGCACAUAUUCACCAUCACCACUACCAUCCGGCGCCAUUCCAUAUACCCCCGUCUCCAUUCCCACCACUGAACACGCCACACCUUGUACGACCGACGAUCCAUCACCCCCAGAUGCAGCCGCAGGACUCACAGAGGCUGUUUGAUCUAAUGAGGGCUCAGAUGCAACACGCACAGCUUGUUCAAGGUCCCAAUCUUCUACAGAUACCCCCACAUAGUCUUGUCGAAGCCCAACCUACACUUCAACACCCACAGAAUUCUUGUGCAAUGGAUGGUGGUCGGGUGCAAGGAAACCCUCCUACAGCUGCCAACACACACCCUGCUCAAAGUACCCCACAGGCGCCUCCCCAACACCAACAUUUACACCACCACCUUCAUCACUAUCAUCAUGCAAGUGUUCCACGUCUCCACCACUUUGCAGUGCCUGGUAUGCAUUAUGGUGUUCCAGUCAUGCGACCAUUCCCAGACUUCCCUGCUCUGCCAGAUUUCCCAGCAUUCCCUCCCGCAGUUCCACCGUCAUUUGGCAAUGUGCCAAGAAAUGUUCAGAUGCGAUUACAGCUUGGAAGAAUGAUGUUCAAUCCACAUAGACCUCCUACGUAUGAGGAGUUGUUACACCUAGAGGAGCGUCUAGGUAACGUGAAUCGUGGUGCUAGUCAGGAAACUAUAGAACAGUAUACGUUACCACAUAAAUACAAAAAGGUUAAGAGAAUAAACGACGAGGAAGAUGACGAUGAAGACAACCAUCUAGAGAAAUGUACGAUAUGUCUGAGUGAAUUUGAGGACGGAGAAGACGUCAGGAGAUUACCAUGUAUGCAUCUAUUCCACAUUGUCUGCGUCGAUCAAUGGCUCGGAAUGAAUAAAAAAUGUCCAAUAUGUCGUGUUGACAUAGAGGCGGGGUCUAAAGAUCAAGGGGUAGCGGCUUCCGGUGAUUGCUGAUUGGCCAGUAUAGAAAAUUGGGAUGAUGAGAGGCGGAGUAUAAAGAUCGAGGGGUGGCGACGACUGGUAAAUUGCUAAUUGGCCAGUAUCAAAAGCUGACAUGAUGUUGCAUGUAAAAUAUCACCAUAGAAUAUAAAAUCAACAGAAGGAUGAGAAAGUUAGGAAUGAAGGAAACAAAAAACAUAGUUUGUUGAGAUGUCAAAAUAAUUAUGGUGUUAUAAUAAUGAAGUGCAAUCUUUAAUAUUAAUUUUAAACAUAAUAUAUAUAUCUCGAGCAAUUAUAUCUAUAUACUUAAAUUUUUGAGAAAUGUAUUUAUUUAAAUUUGAUUAAAAAAAAGAUCCCUGACUUAAUAACAUUUCGCAAUAUUUAAAUCGGAAAAGAUAAACACCAAAAAAGAAUGGAUUUAAUUCUUUGUUUGUGUAAAGUAUUUAAACCUAUUGUUUAGCUUGUUACCACGGUAACAGAUAUAAUUUUCUGUAGUUAUUAUACUAUGAACCCCCAUAUAUAUAAAUAUAUCAAAAAUAGCUUUUUUCAGGUAAUUUUCUUCUAAAGGUUGUAUUAGAAAUACAUAUUUUUUCAAGGGAUGUUGUCAAUUCUUUACUCUUCAGUUUAUGCUUUAUAUAUAUAUAUGUAUAUGGAACAUUAAAUGUUGUUUUGAAUGUGCUUUUACGUAAAUAUCAAACGAUGAAACAAACAGUUAAAUAUCAUUCUGUAUGCAUUUAACCUGUCAAUAAACAAACGCACCUUAAAUUAUAUGUUUACAGGCAUGAAAAGUAUGACCAGAGUAGUGUACCAAUUUUCAUUCCAAAAUUUUAUCUUUUUCGCUCUUAUCAAUAUAAUGAUAUAUAUUUUUUUUGUGAUUUUGUUACUGAAAAUAAUCUAAACAAAGUCCGGAGGUCUGUAGUUUUAAACCCUAAGCCGGCUUGUGGCAAGUGAAAAUACCCAUGUGAUAAGCGUAGAUUAACAUCGGCCAGCGUAUUGGUCUCGUCUGAUCAUCGUCUGCGCUGCUCCCUUAUUCAGUCAGUACAUAUUUUGAAAUUUUCCCCCUAAAAAUGAUGAGUGAUUUAGUCCAGAUUUGAAUGAUGGACAAGUCCAUUUUAUAUAUUUAGUGUGGUUAGGAUAAAUAAUGUGAACCGUACACCUUGCAGUUUAUUUAUAUAAUACAGGGUAAUUUACAUAUUGUAUACAUUUGUAUUGACCUAUUUUCUUUUUAUUAUUACACACUGUCAACAUAUUAACAAUAAUAUCAUUAAUAACAGUCAAUAAGGAUAAACAUUGA